AACUUUUUUGUGAUUCGUUGCUUCAGGUUUUGAAUUGGAUUCAAAGACGAAAUGGGUGCAAGCAGCGAUUAUAGUGAAGGAGGAGAAUUGAAGCGUAGAGGGUGUUCAUGCACGAAGGAUGAUUUCCUCCCCGAGGAGUCCUUCAAGAGCUGGAGCAACUAUGGCAGAGCUUUAAGCGAGACAGGGGUGAGAUUGAAGGACCGAUUCCUGACUCGAUCCCUGGACCACACCGAGUUGCACGAGGUGAAGGGUAGGAGUCAAAAUGAGAUGAAGAAGAAUCUCACAUGGUGGGACCUCAUCUGGUUUGGCAUUGGUGCCGUCAUCGGUGCUGGAAUCUUCGUUCUCACCGGUCUCGAAGCGAGAAAGGAUGCAGGACCUGCCGUUGUUCUCUCUUUUGUGGUCUCUGGAACCUCUGCCAUACUCUCUGUAUUCUGCUACACAGAGUUUGGUGUUGAAAUUCCUGUUGCAGGUGGAUCCUUUGCAUAUCUCAGGGUGGAGCUCGGUGACUUUGUAGCUUUCAUCGCCGCCGGCAACAUCCUCCUUGAAUAUGUCAUUGGAGGAGCUGCCGUGGCCAGGGCGUGGACUUCCUACUUUGCUACCCUCUGCAACUAUAAAGCCGAUGAUUUCCGCAUCAAUGUCUCAGACAGACUUGGCGAAGAUUAUGGCCACCUCGAUCCCAUUUCCGUGGGUGUCAUUGCUGUCAUCUGUAUUCUUGCUGUCCUCAGUACAAAGGGCUCAUCCCGCUUCAACUACCUUGCCUCCAUCUUCCAUGUCAUCAUCAUUCUCUUCAUCAUUAUUGCAGGGCUAUCCAAGGCUGACAUUAAGAACUACACACCAUUUGCACCCUUUGGUACCCGAGGCGUCUUUAGUGCUUCGGCGGUUUUAUUCUUUGCCUACAUCGGUUUUGAUGCAGUGUCUACAAUGGCCGAGGAAACUAAGAACCCCGCUCGGGAUAUCCCAAUUGGGCUGGUUGGAUCCAUGUUGAUCACUACAGUCACUUAUUGCUUACUUGCCGUCACACUCUGCCUAAUGCAGCCAUACACUGAGAUAGAUGUGGAAGCUCCUUUUUCGGUAGCAUUUGAAGCGGUUGGGAUGAAUUGGGCUAAGUAUAUUGUCGCCGCCGGAGCGUUGAAGGGCAUGACCACAACCUUGCUAGUCAGUGCCGUUGGUCAGGCACGGUAUCUGACCCACAUUGCUCGUACUCACAUGGUAUCCCCAUGGUUAGCUCAAGUCCAUGAAAAGACUGGGACUCCUGUUAAUGCUACUAUAGCCAUGCUUGUUGCUACAGCCUUCGUUUCCUUCUUCACCAGCCUUAAUAUCCUCUCCAACCUUCUCUCCAUCUCCACACUCUUCAUCUUCAUGACGGUUGCCGUCGCUCUUCUUGUCCGCCGCUACUAUGCAAGUGGGGUGACAAAGCCAGUGCACAGGAACAUACUCAUUCUUUGCCUGAUCCUCAUUAUUGCUUCCUCAAUUGCCACUGCCGCUUACUGGGGUUUAAGCAGCACUGGAUGGAUCGGGUAUGCGAUUACUGUACCAAUAUGGUUCUUGGCAACGCUUACGUUGUGUGUUUUUGUUCCAAAAGCAAGGGAACCAAAGCUGUGGGGGGUGCCACUGGUACCAUGGUUGCCAUCAAUUUCCAUUUCUAUGAACAUCUUUCUCCUAGGUUCAAUUGAUAGGGACUCAUUCACUAGGUUUGGAGUCUGGACUGGUCUGCUCUUGGUUUACUAUUUCUUCUUUGGGCUUCAUGCAACCUAUGAUACAGCGAAGGAACUGGCCGAGAAGAGGGUCCAAGAUACCAAAUCUACAGAAAUUGAAGAGGGAUAUGCGAAGAAGGUAGUGUCAGAGGAGAUGUAAAUAAGUC